CUCAACAAGGGAAACUUUAUUGUUCCCGUUGGGGGGCGAGGAUGUCGGUGAACUACGCGGCGGGGCUAUCGCCGUACGCGGAUAAGGGCAAGUGCGGCCUCCCGGAGAUCUUCGACCCCCCUGAGGAGUUGGAGCGGAAGGUGUGGGAGCUGGCACAGCUGGUUUGGCAGUCCUCCCAUGUGGUGUUCCACACGGGCGCUGGCAUCAGCACCGCCUCGGGCAUCCCUGACUUCAGAGGCCCCCAUGGCGUCUGGACGAUGGAGGAGCGGGGCCUGGCUCCCAAGUUCGACACCACCUUCGAGAGCGCGCGGCCCACACAGACGCACAUGGCGCUAGUGCAGCUGGAGCGCGUGGGCCUUCUCCGCUUCCUGGUCAGCCAGAACGUGGAUGGGCUGCACGUGCGCUCUGGCUUUCCUAGGGACAAGCUGGCAGAGCUUCAUGGGAACAUGUUUGUAGAAGAAUGUGUCAAGUGUAAGACGCAAUAUGUCCGGGACACUGUGGUGGGCACCAUGGGCCUCAAAGCCACUGGCCGGCUCUGCACCAUGGCCAAGGCAAGAGGCCUGCGGGCCUGCAGGGGGGAGCUGAGAGACACCAUCCUGGACUGGGAGGACGCCCUCCCCGAACGGGACCUCACUCUUGCUGAUGAAGCCAGCAGGAUCGCGGACCUGUCUGUCACACUAGGCACCUCCCUCCAAAUCCGGCCCAGCGGGAACCUGCCGCUGGCCACCAAGCGCCGCGGAGGCAGGCUGGUCAUCGUCAACCUCCAGCCCACCAAGCACGACCGCCAGGCUGACCUCCGCAUCCACGGCUACGUAGACGAGGUCAUGACCCGGCUCAUGAAACACCUGGGCCUGGAGAUCCCCGCCUGGGACGGGCCCCGCGUGGUGGAGAGGGCGCUGACGCCCCUGCCCCGCCCGCCCGCCCCCAAGCUGGAGCCCAAGGAGGAGGCCCCCACCCAGUUCGAUGGUCCAGCGCCGGCCGGCCCCAAGCGAGAGCCCACAACCGAACCCCCCGCUCAGCACAAUGGUUCCGGGCCCGUCAGCCCCAAGAGGGAGCAGCUGGACAGUCCUGCCCCCCGCAGGACCCCUAAAAGGGUGAAGACCGAGCUGCUUCCCAGCUGACCAGGGGGCCCGGGCGGGCGGGCUUUUUAUAGAAACCGUGUUUGUCUUUUUCUUACCGGCUCACUUUGUGACUUGCCUCUGUCCUGGGGCAGGAGAUCUCAGGGCAGUGAGGGCUGUGCUGCAGGCCCAGGGCAAACUCGCCCUCCACGGGGCUUCCUUUAGCUCCUGGGGCCUGUGGUCGGGGCCUGGGGAGGAGCCACCCUGCCCUGGACCCUGACCUUCGAGCUGACACCACAGUACCUUCUCUGCUCCAGCCCACGACUCAGGACUCAGGACGUUUUCUGGGGGAGAUGUGGCCACGCCCUCCCUCAGUUUCCAGCCUAAACAGAAAUUAACUCCCUCUGCUCCCUGGGCGCUCACACCCCCAACCCCUGCCUCCCCCAAAUGGCCUUCACAGUCCCUCCAGAGGGGGAGGGGCCGACCCUCCAUUUCAGAGCCAAACUUCCUGGUGGGACAGGCAGUAGAGUGUGGCACUGCCUUGGACUGAAGGGAGAAGGGCCCCCCCGGCUCCCUCCAGGCUUCCAGAAAAGUCUUCAGUGCAAUAAAAGCAUUAUUUCUUGCA